UCUCGAAAACCAUUCUAUCAAGAAAGCAACAAGACAAACUUGCCUGCUAGCUAGUGUGCUAUUGCCUUUCGCUGCUCGCUGCGUUGUCCCGACGACAUUUCUGCAAUAUUGCUUGCCAAAUUCACUGCUACUGUGCGCUCACCAAGUCGUGCAAGUUGGCGGAUUUGAAAGAAACCUUUUCGUGCACCAAGAAACGGGGUAAACGCCGUCAUGGUGAAGGCCAAGCGCGGCAAGAAGGCUGCAAAGGACGGGAGUGACGACAGUGACAUUGAGGUCGAUGAUGUGGCCGACGAAGCAGCAAAAACUGCCAAAAGCAAGGCAAAGAAGAAACCAACUGCCAAGCCAGGCUUUGCACUACUUGCUACUGAAGACGACGACAUGAUUGAACCUUCUGACAGCGACAAAGAGGAUACUCCCGAGGAAGAAGAGGAGCAGGCAAAGCCGGUGAAGAAUAGCAAGAAGGGUAAGAAGCCGAAAGCUGAGCCUGAGCCGGCAGAGUCUGAAGAAGAGGAGGUUAAACCCAAGGCGGGAAAGAAAGGAAAAAAGAAAAAGAAGAAAGAGGACAGCGACGAAGAGCUAGAGAAAAUGCUGGCCGAUCUCAAGAUGGAGUACACAGGCGAAGGUCAACCAUCGGCAGAAGCAGAAGCUCCAAAAGAAACGAAAAAAUCGAAAAAGCCAGAGCCGCCUAAGCAGGAACCUAAAGCCGAUGGCGAGGUGGAUGGAGACGCUGAGGAAGGUGGUGAAGGCCAGAGCACCAUUAAAUCAGCCGCGCAGAAGAAGCGUGAAAAGAGAGAAAGAGAAAAGGCAAAUAAGAAGGCUCAGAAAACGAAACCUGAUGAAAAGCCUGACGAGCAGGAGCAGCCCGCAGCGGAAGUCACAAAAGAAGAGGCCAAGGACGAGGCAGAGGGCGAUGGAAACAAGAAAAAGGGCAAGAAGGGCGCUGCCGAGCCAAAAGAGGAGAAGAAACCGACUAAGAAAAACAAAAUGAUUGAAGCUCUGAAGGAAGCGCAGAGAAAGCAGGAAGAGGAGGAGAAACUCUUGGAGAAACUUCAGGAGGAGGAAGAGAAAAGACUUCAGGCAGAGGAGGAGGCUCGCCUGGAAGCAGAGAGGAAGGAACAGGAACGAAAGGAUAAGAAGAAGCAAAAAGAGAAGGAGCGCAGAGAUAGACUGAAGGCUGAGGGCAAAUUACUUACACCGAAGCAGAAGCAAGAUAAGGCCAGAGCUGAGGAAAUGUUACGGUCCAGGGGCUUGGUAACGCCAGGUCCAAACGAAAAAAAGACUCCUCGCCCUGGCACUAGGAUUAGACCCAACAAGAAGAAUCAACAGCAGCAGCAAGAAAAUGCUGGAGAAAGUAAAGAGUCAUCUCCCUCGGAGCAACAGGCUACAGAUGUUGAGCAGAGCAAUGCUCCUGCAAAAGAAGAAGAGGAAGUCAAAGAAUCUUGGGAUGCUGAGUCAGACCACGAAAACGAUAACACAGCUGCUAAACAUAAACACACAAAGAAACGAGUUGAAGAAGCCAAGGUGGUGACAGCGGUGCCUGAGCCUGAGGUCAAGAAAGAAGCUCCUCCCGCGCCUGCUGAACCAGAGGAGGGCUCCAGUGAAGAAGAGGAAGAAACUGAUUCUAAUUCUGCAUCUGAAUCUGAAUCUGACGAAAAAGGCCACAAGAACGAUACUGACAAAAAACAGAAAGCACUUGCUCGCAUUGAGAAACGAAAAGCUGAAGCUGAAAAGAAUCGAUCGGUUAGCAAUUUGAGGGCAGCAGUUAUUUGCGUUUUAGGCCACGUGGACACAGGGAAAACCAAAAUUCUGGACAAACUCCGUCGCACAAGUGUUCAAGCAGGCGAAGCUGGAGGCAUCACACAACAAAUCGGUGCAACAAAUGUGCCCAUUGAAAACAUUAAAGAGCAAACCAAAAUCGUCCGAGGGAUUUCUCAAACGGAAUUCAGAAUCCCUGGCCUACUGAUCAUCGACACGCCCGGUCACGCUUCUUUCAGCAAUCUCCGCUCCCGUGGUUCCUCUCUAUGUGAUAUGGCCAUUUUGGUUGUUGAUAUUAUGCAUGGUUUGGAGGAGCAAACUAUUGAGUCCCUCAAUUUGCUCAAGGCAAAGAAGACUCCAUUUGUCGUUGCCCUUAACAAAAUCGAUAGGCUGUAUGACUGGUCCACCAUGAGCAGAAAAGACGUUCGAGACAUCAUCAACAGCCAAGGACCAAACACACAGAAUGAGUUCCAGACCAGGACCAAGCAAGUCAUCCUCCAGUUUGCUGAACAGGGUAUGAACGCUGCUUUGUUCUACGAGAAUCCUGAUCCCAAAACUUAUGUGUCGCUGGUGCCCACAAGUGCCAUCACUGGUGAAGGCAUGGGCAAUUUGUUGGCCCUGCUUGUUACCAAUUGCCAGAGUAUGUUAGCCAAAAGACUUAUGUUUAGUGAAGAGUUGCAGGCAACAGUAUUGGAAGUUAAGGCUAUCACUGGUUUGGGAACGACCAUCGAUUGCAUUUUGGUCAACGGCCGCCUCCGAGAAGGGGACACUGUUGUCAUGGCAACCUCUGAUGGAGGGUCAAUCGUCACACAGAUCCGCUCUCUCCUGAUGCCGCAACCAAUGAAGGAACUUAGAGUUAAGAAUGAUUACAUAGAGCACAAAGAAGUGGUUGCUGCUCAGGGAGUGAAGAUAGCGGCUAAAGAUCUGGAGAAGGUUAUCGCAGGACUCAACAUCCUGGUGGCCAGGAGCCCCGACGAGGUGGAAAUCUGCAAAGAAGAAGUCGUCAAGGACCUGGCUCGCGAGCUGGGAAGGAUCAAGCUGCAAGACCGAGGCGUCCUGGUCCAGGCCUCCACCCUGGGUUCCCUGGAGGCCCUGCUCGAGUUCUUGAAGGACUCAAAGAUCCCGUACUCGAGCGUCAAGAUCGGCCCAGUGGUGAAGAGAGAUGUGAUGAAAGCGAGCUCCAUGUUGGAACGAGAAAACCAAUACGGCACCAUUCUGGCGUUUGACGUGAAGGUUGAGCGUGAUGCUCAAGAGCUGGCUGAUCAAUUAGGAGUGAAGAUCUUCCAAGCUGAUAUCAUCUACCAUCUAUUUGACCAGUUCACAGCCCAUCGAGAGCAAUUGAAGCAGCAACUCCGCCAACAAAACAAGCACGUCGCCGUUUUCCCCUGCAAACUUCGCAUUUUGCCUCAGUAUGUUUUCAACUCCAGAGAUCCCAUUGUGAUGGGCGUCAUUGUCGAAGAUGGAAUAGUUUGCGUUGGCACCCCGAUUUGCGUCCAAUCUAAAGAGGAUCCGUCCCAGUUCCUGGACCUCGGCAUCGUCAGCAGCAUCGAGAGCAACCACAAGUCGGUGGAGACAGCACGCAGAGGCCUCGAGGUGUGUAUCAAGAUUGAAAACGCGGGCGAUAGCGCGCCCAAGAUGUUCGGCAGGCACUUUGACGAAAAGGAUAUGCUGCUCAGCAAGAUCUCGCGACAGAGCAUCGACGCUUGCAAAGAGUACUUCCGUGAGGACCUGAUCAAGGGCGACUGGCAGCUCAUGGUCGAACUGAAAAAGCUUUUCCAGAUUUUGUAGUUUUCCAGUCCUUAUACCAUACUCGUUGUGGCGGUGACCUUUACAUCCAAUCAAAGCAAAACUUACCUACCAUUAUAUAUGCUUCCCAAACAAACGAAAUCGUGUUUUUGUUCUUGUCACAAGUCCAACUAUUUUACCUGUUGCCUCAAAAUGCACUUUUACAUUUUAUAUUUUUAAUUCUCCUUCGCCGCCCCUAUCCAAUUUUUUUUUUAAUCCAUGCUGUUUAGUUAUGUUAUAUGAGUAAAUGGAAAUCAAAUAAAAGUUAAGGAUUUGCUACAAGGA